AUGGCAGUUUAUGGCCCGCCCACUUUAGCGGGGAAAGAAGCCUUCUGGAACAGAAUUGGUGAUGUAAUUAUGAACAAUGUGAAUCCUUCUAUGAUUAUCGGUGAUCUUAAUGGUACCCUUGCGGACCAUGAGAAUCUUCACUACUCAAACUGGAGGAAUCCAGCCCGUUACUUGUUUGAUUUGAGACGUGUGGUUGCUAGAACAGGCAUUAUAGAUUUGGGAGCACAAGGAGGAAAGGUCACUUGGUUUCAGAAAUCCAAAGUCACAGGGGGAGGGUGCGGUUUAAAAAGAGCUCGUCUUGAUAGAGCUUUGGCAUCGAUAGAGUGGAGAAUGUUGUACCCGAGUGCUAUCACUCAUGUACUUAGUGCAGCUACUUCAGACCAUAGACCGAUCCUUCUCGACACGAAUGGGGAGCCAACUACAGUAAAUCUCAAUUCAAGUAUGAACUAA